AUACCAAGUGCCAAAAUCAUGGAGAACACAAGUGCGUCAACGACCGGUGCAGUGCCAGAUUCGGUGGCAAACGCGCUCAUGAGUAUUCAUCCACGGUACAACAGUUUCCAUCAGCACAAUGCCUUCCCGCCGGCUGCACCCGGGGGGAGUCUCGGUGCCCACUACCAACAGAAUGCGGACAGUCCGGGUAUGGCCACGAACCAUCAGAAUGGGCUCAGUACGGGCAAUGGCGGAAAUACAACCGUCCAACCGGCGGCCACGAGCGUCAUCAAUCUUUCAAACUCCAGCGACGUCGUCAUAGGUCCAAUGACACAGUACCAGGGUGCCGUUACGAUCUACCAGUACAUGGAUGCAACUGUCGAGGCUAGUAGAAUUGCAACCGGCCGCAAUAAUCAGAACCGUGGACUACCUUCGACCGAACCAUCGACCCUACGGCAGGAACGAUACUUCAUCUACGGUGCGCUGAUAUUUUUUGCGAUCGUUGGUUUCUCCACCGCUAUCUACUUCGUCGUGAACCAGGUCCACGGUUCCGCUGACAUUGACCGGGAGAUACUGUUCGGCGACAACUACCCACCGAAAACGAUGCCCAAUCUCGGCAACGGCCACAUAAUCAUCGACCGGCGUAAGUGGGGAUCACAGGAGAACGUCCGUGGUUCGGUGCCGCUGGAACAUCCGAUUGAGUAUGUGCUUAUUACACACAUUGGAGUGCCCACGAAGAAUUGCUCCGGUAUGCACGAAUGCUCCAAUCGGAUGCGGAUGCUGCAGGACGCGGCCAUUGGUGAGCGAAAUCUGCCCGACAUUCCUAGCAAUUUCUAUCUCGGUGCCGAUGGCAAUGUGUACGUGGGACGUGGCUGGGACAUUGCCAAUGCGUACCAAAAUCGAACACUGUCCGUGUGCUUUAUGGGAUACUUCCAAAAGUAUGGUCCGAAAGAUUCUCAGCUGUCGGCAUUGGUGCAUCUCCUCACGUACGGCGUAAUUCAGCGUAAGCUUGCCACCGAUUAUAAGCUGGUAGCACGGCGUCAGACCAAACCAACCACCACUAGCCCGGGCGAUAUGCUGUACGCUAAACUGAUGCAAAUGCCUCGGUGGAGUCCUUGCGGCACCCAAUCAUACGCACACUGUGGGGCAGAACUUGGCUUUCCGAGCGUCUGGGACGAAGAGCUUAAUUUCAACGAGCGCAACGGUAUUCAGAAUCCGCUCUUACUAUAUCGUAAAAAUAUCGAAGAGGAAUAG